AGACAUAGUAUUUACACACACGCUGACGCUAUUCUAUAACUCCUGAGCGUUUCUAAUGAAUGAAUUGGUAAGGUACUAGUUGUCCCUUUCGCGCACGCGCAUGUUUCGUAAGCGUAGCGACGAUCACUCGCGAGUAGUGAUUAUUUGAAAAUUUGCAACGGCCGGAUAUUGUUACGCACCUGAUAAAAUUGAUAAUAAUUAAGUAUGGCUUGGAGAUCAAGGAAAAUCCUGUCACUCAUACCCCCGGCUGAAUCUGAAGAGUCUGACAUCGAGUCUGAUGAUGAUUUCGAAGGACAUCUUCAACGACAUGAGUAUUUUCAUAAUGAUCGCAAAAAUUCAUCUUCACCCCGUACCAUAUCUCCGGAAUUAUAUGAUAUUUUGGCUGAUCUCAGUGACUGUGAAGACACAAAUUCUCAAAAUUAUUCAUAUCAAGAAAAUAUUGUUACUGUAGAAGAGUCAUCACAAACGGCAAGAAAUGAAUCUCAUUCACACCAAAGUAGGUAUUCAGUCCCAGUUGCCUGUUAUAUACCGGAAACACCUUCACCAAUAGUUGCUGCAUCACCAUCUUCCAGUUUUUCUAGACCUGUUCUUCCAAAUAUAACGACACGUCGUACCAGGCAAACCACAACCAUAGACUUUUCACCUAUGCCUCCACCACCAACACCUAUGGCUAAGAAGCGUAAAAUGAAACAAUUAGAUUUUAUUUUUAAAAAAAGGUUAUAUACCGGAACUGUCCACACAUUAGACUCCCCCAACUUCAAGGAACGUCAUGACAUCCUUAGCCCUCAGCAAUAUUUCCAACAUUUCUUCACCAAUGAGUUACUCGAUAUCAUAGUUGAUAUGACGAAUUUAUAUUCAGUGCAAACUACCGGAAAAUCGAUAUGUGUAACAAAGAAAGAAAUGGAAAUAUUAAUAGGAAUAGAAAUACUUAUGGGCAUUGUAGACUUACCGGCAGUUGAAGAUUAUUGGAGUACUGAAUUGAAGUAUGAACAGAUUUCUUCCGCCAUGUCCCUUAAACGAUAUAGAACGAUAAAACGAUACUUGCACUUUUGUGAUAAUGCAAAUGUAGAUAAAAACGAUCGUUAUAAUAAAAUUACCCCUGUUAUGGCAUAUAUUCGUAAUCAAUGCUUGAAAAUAGAGGAAGAACGUUCAUUCGCUAUAGAUGAAAUGAUAAUACCUUAUAAAGGUAAGAAAGCUGGCAGCAGAAGGCAAUAUAUGCCAAAGAAACCCAACAAAUGGGGAUUUAAAUUUCUAGUUCGUGCUGGUACUUCAGGCAUGGUGUAUGAUUUCUUUGCUUACGACGGCGCAAACACUUUUCAAGGUAUCCAGUUCAGUAAAUGGGAAGAAGACUAUCUUGGGGUAGGAGGUAAAACAGUUCUCCGACUAUGUAGGACAAUUUCAAAUCCCAUUCUUAGCACAGUAUACUUUGAUAACUGGUUUACAUCGCUUGAGCUUAUUUAUUAUUUACGCAAUGAAAUGGGAAUACUGUCUUUAGGUACUUUACGUAAAGAUAGAUUGAGAAAUUGCAAACUAAUGUCGGAUAAAGUUAUGAUGAAAAAAGGACGAGGAAUAUUUCAAGUACUUUGUGACAAUUCCAAGAGAAUAGCCAUAACAAAAUGGAUGGACAAUAAAUGUAUCCAUAUAGCAAGUUCGUUUUGUGCCCAAGAUCCUGUGUCUACAAUAGAACGAUACGAUAAGAAGUUAAAAAAGAGAGUGGUUGUACCAUGUCCUAAUGUAAUAAAAGUGUACAACAAACAUAUGGGCGGCGUCGACAUCGCUGACAUGCUAACUUCUUUGUAUAGAAUUCGGCCGAUGUCGUCUUUGCAAAAAUGGUAA